CCUAACCCUAAAUCAACGCACUCCUCUCGUUCCCCUUCUUUUUGGUGGGCGGCGGCUCCCCAGCGGCAGCACAACGGCUCCCCAGCGGCGGCUCCCCAACGCCGGACGACCGGAGGCCGGACGGAGAGGCCGGACGGACAGCUGAUGGCUCAACCCCCAUAGCCCCUGCUCCCUUCCCGUUCGUUGAGGCGGCAGCCGGCUGGGCGGCCACUUCCUGCUCGACGCAGAUCCGCCUCCUGCUCGACGACGACGGGCCAUCUCCGAUGACGGUGACAGAGGGAGUCCCCCUCUUACUCGACGGUGACCAGCGACGAGGCAGUCCCCUUCCUGCUCCACGCCUCCACGCCGUACCGCUCGUGCUCUGCUCUGCUCUGCUCCAAUCGGGCAGCUCUCACCACGGUUCAGAGUCAAGUUGUAGGCUACUAGCGCAAUGUCUUCAGUCGGAUCAGGGGCUUCGUCUGCAGCAGCAACCACAACUGGUAGAACAAGAAAAGAUGCAGCCUGGGAGCAUGCUUUACCAAUUACUGAUGAGUUUAGGACCAAGAACAGAGUUGGGUGCAAAUAUUGCUUGAACUUUUAUAAUGGUGGCAUUACAAGAUUGAAGAAGCACUUGGCUGGACUGAGGAAGGACUGUGUACCUUGCACGCAGGUUCCUGAUCAUGUUAGAGAGCAAAUGAGUGCAUUGAUAGCUGAGAAUGAUAAAAAGAAGGAUAAAUCACUAAACAAAAUGUUGGCGCUGCGAGAGGAGGUCAGAGGGAUGUAUGAUCAGGGUGGGAAUGAGGAUGAAGAUUGUGAAAUUGUUGAGUUUUCUCCUGCAGCAAGUGGAAGCUCUCAACUUCCUAAGAAGCCUCUGAUCAAGGGUCCAAUGGACAGGUAUCGUGCACGGCCAGGAGCAGGGAAACAAACAACGGUGAAUGCUCAUUACAAGAUCAAAGAAGCAAAGACAACUUAUGAUUAUAUCUGCGAGUUCUUCAUUGAGGGUGCCCUUGCACAUAAUCUUGCUAGUCUUAAAUCAUUUGCUCGAAUGGUGGAAGCAAUUGGACAGUUUGGUCCAGGAUUGAAGCCACCGACACCUUAUCAGCUUGCCAAUCCUUUGUUGAAGAUACAAGUUAGCAAGGUAGAUGAAAUGUUGAAGGUCCAAAAGGAGGCAUGGGUUGCUACUGGAUGCUCUAUAAUGACUGAUGCUUGGACAGAUCGUCGAGGAAGGAGCUUAAUGAAUUUGGUUGCCCAUUCUUCCAGAGGCGUGUGUUUCCUCCGUGCCAUUGAAGCUUCAAUGGAGGUUCACGAUGCCAAGUUCAUCUUCAGCUUGGUCAUGUCUUGCAUUUCUGAAAUUGGUGCUGAAAAGAUUGUUCAAGUAGUCACGGACAAUGCAAGUAACAAUAUUGCAGCAGCCAAAUUACUUAAGCAGAAGCAUCCUCAAAUAUUCUGGACCUCAUGUGCGGCCCACACAAUCAACCUAAUGCUCCAAGACAUUGGAAAUAUACCCAUAGUCAGCUCAACAAUUACCAAUGGUAAGACCAUCACAAAUUUCUUUUAUGCACACACUAGAUUGUUGGCUAUUCUUCGCAAGUAUGCCAAAGGUGAUUUAGUCAGAGCUGGUGCUACUCGAUUUGCAAGUCACUACUUGAACUUGAAGAGUUUGUAUGGGAAGAGGAAGCAGCUGAAGCUAAUGUUUGCAUCAAAUGAUUGGGCUGGCAGUAGUUAUGCUAAGAAGCCAUUGGGCAAACGUGUGUACAAGCUCGUAAUGGACAAUAAGUUUUGGGCCAAGAUAAACCUGCUAGUGAAUUAUUUUGAGCCACUUGCCAAUGUGCUUAGGCGGGUUGAUGGAGACACUCCAGCCAUGGGGUUCUUAUAUGGUGAUCUUCUCCAAGCAAAGCAGGAAAUAGCAGUCCGGCUCAACCAUGUUGAGAAAAAAUAUGGUCCUAUUUGGGAGAUCAUAGAUAGAAGGUGGGAUAACAAGAUGAAAACAGCGCUGCACAAAGCUGGUUAUUUUUUGAACCCUUUCUUCUACUAUGAUAGACAGAGUGAAAUGGCUGAAGAAGAUUUCAUGGAAGCAGUCAUAGAGUGUGCAUCUGUUAUGUACAAAAAUAACAUAGAGGUGCAAGACAAUAUUGUCUCCCAGCUUAGUUAUUAUACUGAAGCCAUAGAUUCAUUUGGAACUGACAUGGCCAUUAGACAACGCAAAGUAGCAACUAUCACUCCUGCAAGAUGGUGGACCGUGCAUGGAACUUCUGCAAAGGACUUGAAGAAGAUGGCUAUUAGAAUCUUGAGCUUAACUUGUAGUUCUUCGGCAUGUGAAAGAAAUUGGUCUGCAUUUGAGAGGGUACAUUCAAAGAAGAGGACCAGACUAGGCCAGAAGAAGUUGAAUGAUCUUGUUUAUGUGAUGUUCAACAAGAGGCUGGACUCGAAGUACUCUGAGAGGGAAAGGGACCCACUGCUUGCAAAAUACAUUGAAGAUGAUCCACCAAAUGAGUGGAUGUUGGAUGAAGAGCUACUACAAGAUGAUGAGUCAUCUGAAGAUGAAGCUGAAAUUGAGAUCAAUUCAAAGGGGAAACAAAAAUCUGUAGCUUCAAGAACUAGAGGCAAAAGAGCUCGUACAAAUCAAGAUGUCGAAGAUGAGGAGGAAGAGGAGGAAGUGGCAGAAGAAGAGGAAAUGGAAGAAGAGGAUGAGAACCAAGAAGCUGAGGAGGACAAUGAUGAAGACCAAGAAGUGGACAUCGAUCUGACUGUUGAAGAUGAAGAGGAUGAUGAAUGACUUGAAUCUUGCUUCUUACAUGAUCUGACUUGAAUCUGUUUUAUUGUGCAUGAUGGUCGUGGCCUGACGGUGUCGUGCACUCUUGUUGUCACUUGUCAACUUUGUUAAUGUGUCAUGCACUCAUUUCUGUUUUUAAUUCUGUGAUGGAUGGAUGGUAAUUAGGUCAUGGCUUGAUGGGUGUAGACUACGAAGUCUGAACUUAUUUAUUUGAUGAUGAGUGCCUAUGAACCAAAUAUGCUGGUGGUUGUUGUUUGAUA